AUAAAUAGCAAGGGGGCCCCAUUUUUUGAUGAGGGUACUUAUUCAUUAUUUUCCACGGCAGUACAAAGUAUAGCUGAAAAACCUACUUCGCUUAAAACCUUUACUGGAGAAGUUGAAGCAGCUUUUGCUCAUGCUAAAGCAGAUGUAUUGACACAAGCAGGCAAUGCAACUAGUACUUUAACUACUGCUAUAACUGCUACUGUUGUUACAAUUGUAGUCAUAGUUUUAAUUUUGGUAAUUAUUUAUUUGAUUUUACGUUAUCGACGAAAAAAAAAAAUGAAUAAAAAACAACAAUACACAAAAUUAUUAAAGGAAUAG